CCCCCCCGCCCCGCUCAAAGCUCUGCCCGCCCCGCGCCGCCCCCCCUUCGCUCCGCCGCGAUGUCGGACCGGCUGCCCUACAAAGUGGCUGACAUCAGCCUUGCAGACUGGGGUCGCAAGGCCAUUGAGAUUGCUGAGAAUGAGAUGCCGGGGCUGAUGAAGAUGCGGGAGAUGUAUGCCGCAUCCAAGCCGCUGAAAGGUGCCCGUAUCGCUGGUUGCCUUCAUAUGACUGUGCAGACAGCAGUUCUCAUAGAGACCCUGAUUGCGCUGGGAGCUGAGGUACAAUGGUCAAGCUGCAACAUUUUCUCCACUCAGGACCACGCUGCAGCUGCUAUUGCAAAAGCCGGUGUCCCUGUGUUUGCUUGGAAAGGGGAGACGGAUGAGGAAUAUUUGUGGUGCAUUGAGCAGACCCUGUACUUCAAGGAUGGGCAGCCCCUCAACAUGAUUUUGGAUGAUGGUGGAGACCUAACCAACCUUGUUCAUACCAAAUACCCACAGCUGUUGAAAGGAAUUAGGGGUAUUUCAGAAGAGACAACCACUGGAGUUCACAACCUGUACAAGAUGAAGGCCAAUGGGACCCUGAAAGUGCCAGCUAUCAACGUUAACGACUCUGUCACCAAGAGCAAGUUUGAUAACCUUUAUGGCUGCAGAGAGUCCCUCAUUGAUGGCAUCAAGCGUGCUACAGACGUCAUGAUUGCUGGGAAAGUAGCAGUUGUGGCAGGUUAUGGUGACGUGGGCAAAGGCUGCGCUCAGGCCCUGCGGAGCUUUGGAGCCAGAGUCAUCAUCACGGAGAUUGAUCCUAUCAAUGCGCUGCAGGCAGCCAUGGAAGGUUAUGAAGUUACAACCAUGGAGGAGGCCUGCAAAGAAGGCAACAUCUUUGUUACCACCACUGGCUGCACUGAUAUUGUUCAGGGCAGACACUUUGAGCAGAUGAAGGAUGACGCCAUAGUGUGUAACAUCGGCCAUUUUGAUGUGGAAGUUGAUGCAAAGUGGCUGAAUGAAAAUGCAGUAGAGACAGUGAAUGUUAAACCUCAGGUGGAUCGCUAUACACUGAGGAAUGGCCGUCACAUUAUCCUGCUAGCAGAGGGACGACUGGUAAACUUGGGCUGUGCCAUGGGUCACCCCAGCUUUGUUAUGAGCAACUCCUUCACCAACCAGGUGCUGGCCCAGAUCGAGCUGUGGACCCACAGUGACAAGUACUCCGUUGGAGUCCAUUUCCUGCCAAAGAAGCUGGAUGAAGCUGUGGCUGCUGCUCAUCUGGAUAAACUCUGUGUGAAGCUGACGAAGCUGAGUGACAAGCAGGCCAAGUACCUGGGCUUAUCCAGAGAUGGGCCAUUCAAGCCAGACCACUAUCGAUACUGAGCAGGUGGCAUUACCCAAAGACCAAAGUGCAGGGAUACAACCUUCCAAAGCUCUUGUGUGUGCUGGGCUUCCGAGAACAAGCCCUUUACCAUUCUCCUCUCAGUGCUGCAGAAGCCCACCCCUGACCAAGCAGCUUCAGGACCUCUUAUGUUAGUGAAAGAGGAUCACUCUAACCCUUGGAAUUAGAAUUAGUUACUUAAAUAAUGUCAUGGUGAAAAGGAUCCUAUGCACCUUUUAUUGACUCUUAAUGUCCCGGUAAGGGGAGCAGGAUAGAAAAUUGCUAAAUGAAAAUGUGUAGUCUUGUCAACCAUGUGGCUGACAGCCUCUUUGAACGAACUAACCAAUAAAGAUGGGGAACGAUUUCUACAGGGAGAUGCUUUUUCCAUGCCCUGCUCAAAUUUGAUGGAUCCUUUUAGGAAGCUGGCAGUGUUGAGCUUUUCUCUACAAAGGUGCCCCAUCUGAGGUGCAUGUUGGGAACCUGAGGGAAGUAGGGAGGAGUCUAGGUUGGUCAGUCUCCUUCCUGUAAAACAACUUAAUGUCCUACUAGGAGAUUAGGGCUGGAGUGUUUUUCUGGGUUAAAUUACUCCAUCAGGUUUGGUCAGAACAAAGACCCUUCUGUGCUGCUUCUGCCCCAACUCAAGGAGUGACUUCUAGUGGCCUUCUGGUGUGUUGUGAAGGGCUGAGAAGCCACUGAGGGGAUGGUUUAGGGUUCUUGUUCAAUGCUCUGAAGACACCAGUGGCAUACUUCUACCCCCGACUUGAUUUUUGAGUUGUGAUGUCUGCUGUAUCUUGUUUGUCACUGACUCAAAGUGCUUUUAUUAAAGAUCUGAAAGUGGCCUAA